UGCCACACGGCUAUUGACUAUUGACACAGUGAGUGGGGAUACAUGGGACAGUUUCAGAACCGGGACCUAGUGUAUGUAUCAUUUUCUUGAAUGGAACAAUUCAAAGGUACGCCCGCUUCCUAGCACUCAUCCUUUAAAAAAUCGAGGGAUUAUGAUGCUAGAGACUGGGAAGAUAAGUGUCGUAAGCUCACGUGUCGCUGAGAUCCGGUCCACCGAACGAACAAAAAUCUCCGCUGCGUCUCUACAUGAGUUGAUGGAACAUACGCUCAAAGAAUUCAUACGCAAAGAGGCAAGCCGAAAGAGAUCUUUAUUAGGUGCUGAUGAAUGCCUUGGGCUUUCUACAUCACCUAUCCAUACAUCUCGCCCGUUCCCCAAAUGGAUUGGCUCUCUGCGCGGGAAAGCAUUGGUUCUGAGCAGGACACAAUUAUAUUGUGGUUUGGGGAGACACGAGUGGGUUUAUGUUCAGGUGAAAACUUCGGAAACGGAUUUGAAGCUGUGCUUUAGCGUAUGUGCUACUAUGUGGGGUUGAGCGCCCCGAGAAAGAUAAGAAGCCAUGAUGCCACCGCGAGAA